AUGGCGUCGUCUGAUGUCAAAGAUAUUGAACAUGGCCUGAAUCGGAGGGAGAAUGACUCCGAGAAGCCUCCUUUUGAGGACAACCUGAAGGAGGAGCCUCCCCAGCUGGAAGUGGACGCUUUCGGCGCUGAAGAGACGGCGGAAGUCAAGUACAAGACUUUGGACUGGUGGGCAAUCAUUCUCAUCGUCGGUCUCGGUAUUGUCACCACCUACUCCGGUUAUACCAUCGCACAAUUCCGACAUAAGUAUCCCUACGUCCAUAGCAUGGCCGAUGCAGGUUUUAUCCUCAUGGGUCCUAUCGGUCGCCACAUCAUCGAAGUUGGACAGCUGCUGUUCUUCCUGUUCGCUUGUGGUAGUCACCUGUUGACCUUCACCGUCAUGAUGAACACCUUGACCGACCACGGCACAUGUUCCAUUGUGUUCGGUGUCGUCGGCUUGGUUCUCUCGUUGAUCUUCUCCUUGCCCCGAACCAUGAAGAACGUCUCCUGGCUCGCCGUGACCUCCUUCCUGAGUAUCUUCAGUGCCGUCGUCAUCACGAUGAUUGGUGUGGGCAUCGAGCGCCCCGGAUAUGACGAGUUCCAGCUCACUCGCAAGACCAGCUUCGUCAACGGUUUCACCGCCGUCACCAACAUUGUUUUUGCCUACUGUGGUCAUCCCGCUUUCUUUGGUUUCAUCGCGGAGAUGAAGAAUCCACAUGAUUUCCCCAAGUCCCUGUGCAUGCUACAGGGCUUCGAAAUCAUCCUGUACACCGUCGCAUCAGCCGUCAUCUACCGUUACGCCGGACAGAACGUCGCCUCUCCCGCACUGGGCUCCGCUGGUCCAGUGGUGCGGAAAGUCGCCUACGGUAUUGCCAUCCCAACCAUUGUCAUUGCCGGUGUGGUUCUGGGCCACGUGGCUAUCAAGAACGUUUACGUGCGCAUGCUUCGUGGAACCGAGUUGAUGCACAAGCGGAACUGGCAGAGCAUUGGUGUCUGGAUUGGUCUGGCCGUAGUCUUCUGGGUCAUUGCCUGGGUCAUUGCCGAGGCCAUCCCCGUGUUCAGCAACCUGCUCAGUCUGGUCAGCGCUCUCUUCGUCAGUUGGUUCACCUUCGGUCUUCCCGGUGUCUUCUGGCUUUACAUCUAUAAGGGCCAGUAUUUCGCCUCACCGAUGAAGAUUUUCCUCACUCUGUGCAACGUGUGCUUGUUUAUUUUCGGUGUCCUGAUCUGUGCGCUGGGCCUCUGGGUAUCCGGUGUGGCCAUCCACAACGAUAAAUCCCACGGCAGCUUUACCUGCGCCAAUAACGCCAUCUAA